AUGUGCCAUAAAAUCUCUCAAUCUCACAUUAAUAAUUUCUCAAUAUACCAGUCUCUUCUAUCUCUGAUUUUCCUCUUUCCAUUGAUCUCUCUCACUCUUCUUUUACACACACACACCCUCUCUCUCUUCCUCCCUCUCUUCUCUUCUAUCUCUGAUUUUCCUCUUUCCAUUGAUCUCUCUCUCUCUCUCUUCUUUUACACACACACACACUCCCUCACUCUGUCCCUCCCUCUCUGUCUCUAUCACCCUGAAAUUCUCACCCGGACACUCCGCUAUACACUAACAGUAGCACUAGCACUAUAUUUCUCACUGUCAAUUUUUCUCACACACUCUCUCAAAUCUGUCACUCACUCUCAAGCACAUACUCUAUCUCUCAUUAUCACUCUCAAUUUCAUACUCACUUACACUGUUACUCUCUCUCUCUGUCUCUCUCUCUCUCUCUCAGUCUCUGUUUCUCUCUCUCUCUCCCUCUCUAUCUCUCUUGCUAUCACACAUAUUUUUUCAACUGCAUGGAAAUGUUGUAAUGAAAUAAAAUUUGAACCAGAUGGAGAUUUUAUUGAAGAUGUCCUUGAAUGGACAGGAAAAUAUGAUUUGCUAGAGCAUAACCGUGCAUACAUCCAAUGGUUGUUCCCAAGAAAAAAUACUGUACGGAAUACACAUGCCUUUCCUUUGACCAAUGAAGAAGCUAAAAUAAUUCGUGAAACACCAAAAUUGAAGGAAAGAGUGAAAAGGGCUUUUGUAAUGAUGCUAGAAUUUUAUGGCAUGAUACUCACAAGUCACGGUCAAUUUGAAUUGUCACUUAAUGCUGAGGAAAGACUACAAAAGCUCAACACAUUUAAUAAUCAUAACUUUUAUCGCAUUUCAAGAAUUUUGGAUUCCCUGCAAUUACUUGGACAUGGAGAUUUGAUCUUGCCUCAUAUUCAUCCAUCAUAUACACAAAUCCAACUUGACUGCAAUUCACAAUAA